CGUUCGUCUGCUCUGAUGCUUUUCCUUUCUUCGGAACGCAGGAUACAAGAGUAUCAUUUGUGCCUUUGUGGAAUUAAUCCUUGCUUGACCGUUACUAUGAGUGAGGAUCCUGUUAAGUUGUAUCUACAGAAGGAUCACGUUUUCGUUUGGAAUGCCGACGAUGUGGAAAGAAUACGAAAAGAAUACCGAAUAAGCGGCGUGCAAGUCGGCUGUCUUCCGCGGUGUCCCUAUCAAAGUGUGUUUUUGGGAAUGCCGGUGCAACUCUCAAUGGACGAGACGCACUUGCUCGUCACAAAAGGAAAAGCUGUUCUGGUGAAAAACACGAGGCUGACCAAAGCCCCGACUGAUCAAGACAGAGCCCGGCUCGAAAAGCACGCGCAAGAGAUCCACGAGCAACAGGCCGAGCUCGUCAUGUCGCAGAGACGCGAAGAGAUCGUCCAGUACGCAGAAAAAAUCACCGCCGGCCGGCUGCUGAAGGCGUCGGGACAGCACGUCUCGAAGAGGAUGCGGCGCAAGAUGAGGAAGGGCAGCUCACAGCCUAAUGCCGCCUCCGCGUCGACUCCCGGCGAGGAAACGCUGCCGGUCGACGUCCAGGCGCAGAAGGAAGCGGUCAUUGCGGAAGAGAUGAGCCGAGUGAAGCCUCCGUCGAGGGAGUUCACCUGUUACCCCGUGUUCACGGAAUGUCCCCGCACAAAAACAACCGAUUUGGAACCCGUUGCACUGGACUAUCCGAAGACGGAUGCAGAACGCCUUCGCUGCCUGGUGUUUGCAGACCUUUGGGAGAAAGGCCACCACCUGACCUGUGGGGCAAAGUUCGGAGGAGACUUUUUGUUGUAUUCAGAUGACCCUCUGCUGUACCACGCCUUUGCGAUCGUGGUGUGCCUGGAGAAGGGGACGAGCUUCGACGGACACGACCUGGUCCUGUGGGGUCGCCUGGGCAACUCGGUCCACAAGACGGUGGUCCUGGCAUCCCUGGUGGAGGACCAGGUGCAGUACCUGUCCUUGUCUUGGUCCGGGGACCUCUAACGACAAUGGCAGCGGCGAAACGAGCGUUUGGAUAGUCCGCGCCUCGUGCCGUACCCCUUCCCAGAAGCGCCGGAAAAUACAUCGAUGCUGUCCUGCAGCUACGGGACAUAACUGAACCUGAGACUGGGAAGGAAGGGGAAGACACAUGAAAAGAGGGACAACGUGCAGCGUCUCCGAACACAGCUACGAGCUUGCUCAAUAAUGAACCCUUUUACAGGUACAGGACCAUCGUUCAUUGAUAGAUAUACUCAUAGCUGUGCUUGAACGUGCCGUGCGCUGUCCCUAGUUUUAAUGCAUCGUCCUUUUCUCUAUCUUUCCCGUGCUCAGUUAUGUCAAUUAUUCACCAUCUUGUCCGCAUGCUCACCCUUUCUUCAAUUACAGUCCGUUGAGAAAAGAAGGACUAGUACUUCCACAAUGCUCUCUGCCUGCACAAUUGGCGGCAGAGAACCACUUUCUGCGAUAGUCUGUUUAAAGUCGUAACUCAAUCUAUGGGCUCUAAGUAUCCUAAAAAACAAAACAUUAUUCGUGUGUGGCCGAUUUCUUUAUUAAAAUCGGUAUCGAACAGAUGGCGCCACGGGACAAAGAAGGGUAGAGCCCCGCUCUUCCUCGUGUGACGGCGCCCUUGGUGUCUGCAAUAGUUGCGAUGCGAUCAAUCUUUCGAUGCCGAUUUUAAGAAAAACGUUUCCCACGCAUGAAUGUAAUUUUUUUUGUUCUUUUUAGGAUGCUUGGAGCCUGUAGAUCUGUUAUAACCAUAAAGACUAUAGCAGAAAAUGGUUUAGCACCCUUUUAAGGCUGGCUCACACACUUGCGUUUAAGUUAGCUCGAGCGUGCUGCUCUCGCCCGUAUCUGCUUGUGACGAAAGAAGACACUGGCGCCCCCUACAGUAAACUUUCGUCAAUUCGACCUUGACGGGACCUUGAAAUUUGGUUGAAUUAUCCGAAUGAUUGGAUUAUAAAAAGGAGAGAAAAACUGUUAAAAUUGAACUUUCUUUUACUGUCCAAAGUACUCACGGAGGGUCUGCUGCCGUCUGCGCUUAAAACGCGUGUCCAAAAGCAUCUCUGGAGGGCGGCGUAACUAAAUGUCACGUCCCCGGAAAAUCGUGCACUACAAAAAAAGGAAAGAAAAAAAAAAAGCUUAACGAGCCGACUUUGGCGCCAAGCAGCCAGACCGUCGACAACAGAAAAAAAAAAAAAGGAAAAGAGAAUUUGCACUUUUCGGCGCGAUGGAUCGCAUACGGUGCUACAGAAAAGUGCUUUGAGAGUGCAUGCUGAGAAAGCUUCACGAGCCGACUUUGGUGCCAAACAUCCAGACCGUCGGCAACAGAGAAAGAAAAAGAAAAGAGAACCUGCGCUUUCCGGCGCGUAAGAUGGACCGCACACGAUGCUACAGAAAAGCGUUUUGAGAGCGCACACUGUCUCCGCGCCCGACCACGCGCUAUGUUCUCCGCGCUACUCCACGCCAGAUUGGUUGCGCUGGCUCGGGUCAUUCGCUACAAUUCAUCUCAACGGCGUAGAGGAGCAGGCGCAUAUUUGCGCACGUUCGGCUUAGCAGCAAAGGGCUCGUGUUUCGCCCUUUGUUGGUGGUUUUCCUGCCGUGGUGCUUUGCAAUGUGAGCCCGCGCACAUUCGCUCGGGACGAUUUAUCCGAUGCGGAGUCUUUCCGAGUUCUAGCUAUCAAACUUUUCCUCCCAUAGAAUUGUAUAGGGGCUUGCCGGGACUUGUGAACACGAUAGAAUUAAACGAAGAGUCAAAUUAACCGAGGUCAAACUAGCGAAAGUUUACUGUAUCGGGUAGCCUUGCAGCACUUCAGAUCCGCAAAUAUAAUUUUUGAUUUCUUGUGCAUCAUUCUCUCACGGUGGGCCAGAAGUAUUCUGGCAAUGUUAUGGGCGACCAUUUCUUGUACGUAAUGCCUAGGUUUGACCUCGAAAGCACUGCAAAACCUACUCUAGUUGUAUGCUUGUCGGACGUGUUCCAGGGCUGAUAGAUGGCGUUAGACUGUUUUAUCGUCCCUAGCGGCUACAGGCAAGAGCAACGCAACCGAGCACGCUAAAAGCUGUUUAAUGCAGAUGUGUGAACCAGCCUUUAGAGUGUACCAGUGCAUGGCACAUUCCCACGUCAGUUUUUAAUGAACUUGGCGGACCCCUGGAUGGUAGUCUAGCUUGGCAGUGCGGGCAGCGGUGGUGUUGCAAAUUGUAGGCGAUCAUUAAUUUGAGACUCCAGUGCUUCAAUGUCUUGCUCACAUGCCUAAUUAGACGAGUCUUUUACUACUGCAUUUGAACUUGAACUUUUUUAGAACAAAUUUGUGCCAAUGACACUGGACAAAAAGCUUCCAAUAGGAAGCUUAACAACUAGGUCUGGUGUCGUGCUUGUGAAAUUUUGGGCAUUGUUGUUCUUGUAUUAUAAGGGUGCACAUUGGAUUCUUGUUUGGUUUUCAGAAGCACAUGGAGAAAAUAUGUUUCAUUGGAACCCUUCUGUUUUUUAAUUGAGAAACUGACGAAGGCCCGAGAAGGCAGAGUAUACAUAUGUUCACAACUGAUGACAAGCUCUAGCUAUGGCACAUUAGAAUGGGGAGGUGUGGCAAUCACUCGCUUCUCCAGGCGGUCCCAUGCUUCAGUGUCACUACGGUAGGCUUGCGAUAAUUUAACCUCGCAUAUUUCAUACUUCUGGUUAAUUCAAACAGAUUUCAAAAAUUUGGUUGUCCCGCUGUGUUUUUGGUAUAUCUAUAAGCCGCUUAAUUCGAAUGGCGUUUUCGUGGAAUUUUUACUUUUUUUUCCUGCGGCCCCGUUGAGUGCGCUUCUUUCUGAGCACCGGUGUACUGCAAAGAAGCAACACCUGCAGAGCUUGCUUCCGCGGGUGUUGCUUCUCGGCAGUGCACCGGGAAUCGGGGAGAGGUGCUCUCAACGGGGCUCAAGCCCCGUUGAGCGUAAAUUUCCAUAGCAACUUGCGCGGACACUGUGACGUGGCGGCAUGGCAUAGGUCUAUGCCACAGUGUCCGUGCCAGUUGCUAUGAAAACUGCCGCGCAGUGCCUGUUUCUCUCGCUCAUAUGUCUCCUGCUUAAUAGUCCACAUUAGACAAUUUCUUUGCCCGAUGAACAAACUUAAUUUUGUUUUGAGUUGUCAUGUGCUGCUGCACAGUUCACGAUAAACAACAUUGUUGAGGGAUAAUAAACUUGUGCCAUACAUUUCACAAAUGUUUCAUGUGUGGCAUGCCUGCUUAUGGUCAGUGGGCCUAUGUAGAAGAAAUCAUUGAAUAUCUGCAUUGUAUGUGUAGCCAUUCAUAUGGCAAAUUAAUUUUAUCUUACACUAUAUUUAGAUGAAUUCUUGAUAAUUCAAACAAAAUUCAUAGCUUCCUGGAGUUUGAAUUGGUGAGUCUACUGUAUCACCAUAGCAUCAUGUCAAAGCUGACAGUACUGCCCCACCCGCAUCUGCGAUUCUGAGCUACUCUCGCUCGCUCAGGCGCGCAGCAAAGAGAGCGUCUGUAACAUCUCUCUUCUAGCCCUAGGAGUGCAAGGUGGGACUGCUGCUGCAGAGACAACACUCUGCUUUGUAGACUUGAAUCGCGAGACCAUUCUCAUCAGCAUGAUCAUCAUACCUGCCCUCCUAACCCAAGCUGAUCUUGCAAUAAAACCAAUUUUAUGUUC